AUUUUCGAUUAUUUUUAACCUACGAUUACAAGAUAAUUUCUAUAUGCAAUAAUUAAGAAACAAUCAAGUAGGUGCUAUCUGCAAAUUACAGUUUUCAUAAAUAAAUACAGAAAAUGCAUAACAUAGAGUCUGAUAGCGACGACGAACUGCCAUCGGGUUGGGAGGAAAAACCUACUGAAGACGGCAGUGUUUAUUUCGUAAACACAUUCACAAAGAAGACUCAGUGGACGCAUCCUCGAACUGGUAAAAAGAAGAUUAUUCCUAAAGAACUCCCAUUUGGGUGGUCGAAAACUAUGGACGAAGAGGGCAAAACGCUAUACGUUAAUAGGGAAACUGGCAACAAAACCUAUGUAGACCCGAGACUGGCAUUUGCUAAGGAAGAGAAGAGUCAUGUGCACGAUUUUAGGCAAAGAUUUGAUGGAUCUACUACAGCUUACCAGAUUCUACAUGGUGUAGACCUCUCUGGCAAAUAUGCGCUGAUUACAGGCUGCAAUGCUGGUAUAGGCUAUGAGACUGCAAAAUCUUUAGCUAGACACAAUUGCAAUGUAUUGUUUGCUAAUCGAGAUCUGCAAGCUACACAGAAAGCUAUUGAAGAUAUUGUGCAACAGACCAAUUGCUCUGAAGAUAAUUUGAAGGCAAUACACUUAGAUUUGGGGUCCCUUCAGAGUGUGAGAAAAUGUGCAAUGGCAGUGAAGACUGUGUUUUCUGACCACCUAGAUAUGCUUAUCCUAAAUGCUGGAGUGUUUGGUCUCCCAUACAUGGAGACUGAAGACAAAUUGGAGAGGACCUUCCAAGUGAAUCACCUUAGUCAUAUGUAUCUCGCAAUUCUACUUGAACCUUUGUUAAAGAAAGGAUCUAAGGUAGUUUUUGUAGCUUCAGAGUCACAUAGAUUUGCAAAUUUAAAAAAAAUGUUUCUUCAACAAGAUAUUUCCAUGUCCAAGGACUCGUACAGCACUAUGAUGGCUUACAACAAUUCUAAACUAUACAACAUUAUUACUGCAAAGAUCCUAAGUGAGGAGUGGAAGAACAAAGGGAUAUGUGUAAACUCAUUACAUCCUGGGAAUAUGGUGUACACAAACCUCAGCAAACAGUGGUGGCUCAUGAAGGCUCUAUUCUUUCUUGUACGCCCCUUCACUAAGUCACUGCAACAAGCGGCAGCGACUACAAUUUACGUGGCUACAGCAGCCGAACUUGAAGGCGUGACCGGUCUCUACUUCAACAAUUGCUACUACUGUGAAGAAUCUACGUUAGCAGGGGACAAAGAAAUUGCCGAAGAAAUAUUUACUAUCUCGCUCAGAUUUAUUGAAGAACGCAUGGGUGCAGAAGGGAUACAAAAGUACUUGAAUAAGUAUAUGAAGAAGCGUGACGACUCGUCAUCUUGAUAGCGUGAGUUUAUUGUGCCUAUUCAUAAGGCCUAGUGCGUUGUCAAUGACAAUUUUGUAUUAGAGCGAGUGAAUAUGAUAUAUGUAUAAAUACAUUCGAGAGAGAGAGCGAAUAAGCUAUAUUUUUGAAAGAAGAAUGAAGAGAAAAGAGAAAUCCAAAACGUUGCUAAUACGUGGUAGGUCCUGCAAGUUGCGGUAAGUGUCUUAAUUAAAGGCGAUUGCAAAUUCUUGAGGUGCUAUUGUAUACUUAUAAAGGCUGUAUAUUGUGAAAGUGAGACAUAUUCAUGCACGUCGUAGUAAAUCAUGUUACGUAAACUAAAAUAAAAAUAGGAUAUGGGAUAGAACCAAAGUUAAAUCAACAAU